GAGAUCGACGAGGACGAGUGGACCGACCGCAACUGUCUGCAGAGCGAGACCAGCGCCGCGCCCGGCCUCAGCGACGAAGACGAGUCGAGCUCGGACGAGUACUCGGACGCGGCGUCGGACCGCUCCGGGGGGCGGUCCCCCGACGCGCUCGCGCACAUCCGGCCCGCGCUCUACUCGGACGACUCGUCCGGGUACGACGACCUGUCCACCGGGCCCGAGGGCGCCGAGUCGUCGGGCGGGGAGUCGUGCUCGCGCAUGCGUCUCGCGCGCGAGGCGCGCCGGCGCGAGGUGCCCGCCGACGCGCGCCCGCCCACCGACAGCAGCGAGGUGGAGUCCGAGGACGCGUCGUCGAGCGACUCGGACGUGUCGUCCGCGACCGAAGUGUCCACGGACAGCGAGUUCGCGGCCGAGGACGCCGCGCCGCCGCCGCCGCCCGCCAUCCUCGUCACAGAACCACCCCCACCGGCCGACUACCCCCUCAGCAAAACCAAGUCCGCCUCAGGACUCGCCACCAAACGGGCUUUAGAACUCAAGCGGAAAUACCUACUCGGAGAACCAUCCCCACCUGCAGUCAGAAAGUCUGACUCCACAUCCCAACUUGACACCAAAUUCGAAGCCUUCCGAUCCACCAUUACCGAAUUCCAAAAGCUAUUACACCCCGCACCUACUCCACCUGUAGUCGCCUUCCAAGAAAAACCCCAACCCAUGCCCGAUAUUAUCAAAAACCUGUGUGACGACGCUCCGGUCGACCUACUAUCCACAGAAGUCAAGAAAGAGUGGAAAGAAGAGACUAUCAAAGAGAAAGAAAAGGAGUUAGAUUCAGAUUCUUUAUCCGAUUCGUCACACACUGAAACUGCUCCAAAGUCAGUCCCUCGAGUCGAAGUACACGAUGAAGGAGGGGAACUAAUCCAACUAGAUAGUCUAACUAUAGUUAACAGUGAAGACACGGAGAAAGCGUCAGGAACAGCCACAGAAACCGGCCCCACUGUCGUUGCUGCAGAAUCAGAAUCUUCAGAAUCCUGCAGAGACGCUACAACGCUAGCCUUAACAGAAACCGAACUGUCCGACUGGGCCGCCGAAAGUGCAGUCUUAGACGAAUGCUUGGAAGACAACAAGAGGAACAAACCUAGAAAACUUAGCGGUUUGAAAACGGUACACGACGCUAAAAAUAUCUCGACGAUCUCUUCGCACGUUUGCGGGAAAACUAGCCCGGAACCUGUAGUGUAUUCUAAUGCUCUUGAGCAUUUCGAGUUUGCAGAUGAGGGUGAACAGGAUCCUUCCAUCGAAACCCCGGCCACCCCUCGCAAUGAAGGCUACAUGGAACUAGUAGAUGACUUUGAAUAUUCACCCAGCAACGACAGGUCUAUGAAUUUCAUUGAAAGAAGUUUCGAAACCGUCUUCAAACCGACCUUGGCUGUGACUGAAGUUGUUGAAAUCGAGCCUUUAGAAGAAGCAAAAGUAGAAACAACUCCUGAAGAACCUAAAGCUGAAAAGAGCGAUGAUAAUAAAGACUCCCUAUCGCCCGAUAUAAAGAUAGACUCCUUAUCGCUGUCAGACGUGUCUCCGCCUUUAGAAUCAAAACAUGAAGAGUCAGAGUCGCCGCCGCUCGCGCCUGAAACUCCGAAAUCACCGAACACACCAAUUUACAGCUCCAGCAACUUCGCUCCGUGUCUCAGGGUAUACUCUCCAGCCAUCUGUCGGUCCGCGAGCGACAACAUCAACCUAUCAUACUCUAGAAGUACAGAUUCACCUUCUAGGAGCAUAGAGUUGUCAGUGUCUUUAAUGCUCAGCUCUGGUUCUGUAUCGCCAGUGAGCCCUACACCUUUAAACACUACAGACAAAGUGCAAGAGAUAAAGCGGGAGAGAGAAGAACAGACGGAGGUAGUGAGGAGAUUGGUUUUAGAGCGGUUAGGAAGCGGCCCAAGACUGAAUAGGAAAUCGACGAGGAGGACUAAGGCGUCCCCGUGCUCGACCGUCCCCCCUCCCGUGCCUCCGCCCCCCUCCCUCCCGACCCCGCCCCCUUUACCACCUCCCCCUGAGAUCCCGCCCCCGCCUCCCCGCCCCGCGCCCCCCUUAAUGCAAGUCACCCCCUCUUUCUCAGACCCGGAGCUGGCGAGGGAGCGACGGCGGAAGAGUAUUAUGAAAAGUAUUUCCAACUACCUGAAUAGAAGGCUCGGGCCGCGGCAGAAGUGGUACUCGGAGCCGGAUCUUACACUACAAGAUCCGCCGCAGAGUUGCUACAGCGCCCACAAGUCGACGGGGGCAUUACAAGAGCCCCCGCCCGUGCCGCCGCCCCCUGCGCGCUACCAGCCCCCCUGCCCGCUGCCAGACUCACCGCCCAUCCCCAAACUAACAGCAGGCCCGUCCGACGUGGAUGAGCGGGACGCCAUGCAGCUCUGGUUUGAAGCGCGGUGGGCGCGCCUGGUCGCUCAGAGGCGAGCGAGGGAGCUGGGACGGGACGGGAGACUAGCUAGGCUGGAGCGGCGACUGUCACGCCCGCUGUCAGCGGAGCAGCAAGCGGCCACGGUGGCGGAGUUGGUCCAGGUGUCUGCGCAACGCGAGGCGCACCAAGCGUUGCUAGCAGCUGACAGGAGACGCAGUGCUGCGGGCAGCAGCGUCGGUGACUAAACCCCCUCCACUCCCCCCCUUACGUUACGUCACCUACCACCGCAGGCCAUACUCUUCAUCGGGGUAUCUUCGACAAACAUCGGAUGUCUUCGGCAAACAUCGGGUGUGUUCGGUAAACAUCGGGUGUCUUCGGCAAUCAUCGGGUGUGUUCGGCGUCUGUCGGGUCAUCGAACGCAAGUUUGACCACUGUAUCGUUAGGUUAGAAUAGUAGACAUCAAAUUCGUGGUAAAAAUAGAAUAACAUUACUAAUGAAAGGUUACAUCAGUACCUAGUUGUGAUCGAUUUAUGCGAUAUGCUUCAAUAUUUAUGUGAUACUGCGUCAAUGUUAGAAUAAUACGCGAUGAUAUUGAUAGUCUACACCGUGCCGAGGACAUCGUCUCUUUCAAAAGUAUUACAGCUUUUAAACUAGAUGGCGUUGUUGCGGAGAUAUGUAGUUCAUGUUAUAGUCUGGCCAGCGAGGCUUCUCACAAACAUUAAAGAAAACUGAAGUGUAGUCUAUUGUUCUGUGCUUAUUUUAACCGACUUCUUUUUUAAAUUGAAAUAUAAGUACGGAACUAUGAGAUACUUUGUGCUUGUAACAUAGAUGUCGCUACAAUCGAUAAAAAAAUAGUGAUGUUUAUGGUUCUUUGGUAAGCGAAAACGUAUUUUGUUACAAUAUAAUUAGUAUUAUACAUUUUAAACCAUGCGAGAUCAAGUUGAGACAUUUUUAGUUUUUUAGUAGCUUUAAAAAUUGUAAAGUAAUAUGUGUCAAGAAUAGCUGGGCCUAUAUUUUUGUAUAUUACCUAUAGUUUAGUAAAGUGGAUAGGUGACAAAAGGGAUUUAUAUUAGAUUUAAUUUUUAUUUUAGCAAAAUUUAGUGUUCAUAUCUUUAAUAUUUUAGUUAAUUCCUUUUUUUACUUUAGGCAUUUAAAUGCAUCACACUCUUAUAUAGACUAUGUCUAUGGAGCAUUUUGUUUUUUUUUUUUAUAUUCUAUGUUUAACUUUAAUCACGGUAUUUUAAAAUGUUUCUUAUUGUUUAAAUCAGUUCUUCCGUUUAUUAUAUAUUGUUGUAUAGAUAUUUUUGAGCGCCUUAGUCGCUCAGGUAUCUCUAAUAGCGACUUAUUGUCUUGAUGUUACACGAUAAAACGCUUUUUUUAAAAUAGUAAUUGAACUUUUUUUUAUAAAUAUACGUACUCGUUUUUUACUUAAUCCCUAUUGGUUCACGUUUUAUUUUGUAACUCUCGUAAAUCUCUUAUGUCGAAUCAUGGUUUCUAUGAUACUGUUUGAAAUAUAAAUAUUAUUAGACUAAUAAAAAAAAUCUGAUGAAUGUAUUUUCCUUUUUUUUACUUAUAUUUUUAUAUCUUGUUAGUUAAUUCUUUCAUUUGUAUUUACAACUUUUCCGACGUGUAUAAGUACAUUAUGACAUAGAUAAAAAAAAUGCUAUAAAAUUGUCUAUGAACGCUACCCCAAACAAAAAAAUGUCCUAGUUACCAUUUUGCGACGUAAGAGGUUCCAAAACUCCGCAUAGUUUUUUUUUUAAAUCAUACUGAACAAUUUAAUUAGUAAAAAAAGUUGCAAAUUAGUAUUUACCUUACGUUUUUAAGAAUUAAAACUCAACUAUAUUAUAUUUUCUUUGGAUCGAGUAUAGCUUCGUUGAAAAACGGAGGAUUCUCACAACCCCUGUGGACUACGGUGUGCUAGAUAUGCCAAAUGAGUAUAUUUAUAUUGUAUAGUUAUAUGUAUACAUAGUUACAUUUAGGCUUAGAUUACGCCUUGCUAACACAAAACUAAAGCAUACCUACCACUUCGCGUCGGUACAAAAAAUUAUUAAAAAACUGUAUGCAGUCGUCUAAAAAUGUCAAUGUAAACAAGGUGCCAAAAUAUUUUUACUAGACCUUACUUCAUUCUUAUAAUAAUUGUAACCAAGAAUCUGGUAGACACUUGUGAACUUUGCUUAGAUGCAGGACAACCCGCUGGGCGGGAUGUAGCUAUACAAUCGACUACAAAGAGAUGUAUCCACUUUUUCACCUUAUUACAUUGUGAAGCGAGCGGUUAUACAUAAUAUCCGGUUUCUAGCGUAGUGCGCCAUUUUUUGUCUGGUACUUAGUGAAUGUACCCUUAC